GUAUCCACCACACUCAAGUAAUUGCUUCACACAAACCAUAGUUUCUACACUCACAAAUUGUUUCUAUAGCUUCUUCAAUUAGCACUGCCUCAAUCUAUUUUCCACAAAAACAUUUGCAGAUGGCAAUUGGUAUGGGGCACAUUCUCCGUGCUAAGCAAGGCCUUAGAAGAUCUUCUUCAAGAACAAACAGAGAAAGUGAUGUGCCUAAGGGGCAUUUUCCAGUUUAUGUUGGUGAGACUGAAAAGAAGCGCUUUGUCAUUCCGGUUUCAUACUUGAAGGACCCUUCAUUCCAAGAGUUGUUGUGUCAAGCUGAGGAAGAAUUCGGAUUUGAUCAUCCCAUGGGUGGACUCACAAUACCUUGUUUGGAGGAUACCUUUAUUGACAUCAUUUCUAGUUUGAAUAGAUCUUGAGAGACUACAGACAGCUUAGUUUAGUGAGAAAAAGAAAUUUUGCAUAGAUUUUUCAUAGAAAAGUUCUGUUUGUAUAUUAAUAUUCAGAUUGGGAAAUGAAAAUUUCAGUGGUUAUACAGAGGCUUCUUUUCUGCUCUAUCUACCCUGCUGCAUAUGGAUAUGGAUGCAUACUGUAAAUGCUAUAUAAUUGAAUUUGAUGAGUCUC